AUUUGGGGAUUCAAAAUUUAGGGUUUUUCGCUGAAAAAUAGGGGGAAGAACUGAAAGGUUUAGCAGAAUCCGAUGAAUCCAUUAACGUUAGUAAAGCGAUUGCAGAACAUAAACGCAAAAGAAGCAGAUCUGGGAAUAUCGGAGGAAGCAUCAUGGCACGCCAAGUACAAAGAUUCGGCUUACGUUUAUGUAGGCGGCCUCCCCUUUGAUCUCACAGAAGGCGAUCUCCUCGCUGUUUUUGCCCAAUAUGGAGAAAUUGUAGAUGUUAAUCUUGUUAGAGAUAAGGGUACUGGGAAGUCGAGAGGCUUUGCUUUUCUUGCCUAUGAGGACCAAAGAAGUACAAUUCUUGCUGUAGAUAAUCUUAACGGGACACAGAUUUUGGGUCGAAUUAUAAGGGUUGAUCAUGUUGAAAAGUAUAAGAAGAAAGAGGAAGAAGAUGAAGAGGAAGAACAGAAGAAGAGGGAGGCCCGAGGGGUUUGUCGUGCUUUCCAGAGAGGUGAAUGUACUCGUGGUGCUGGAUGUAAAUUUUCCCAUGAUGAGCAAAGAGCUGCAAACACUGGUUGGGGUCCUCAGGAUCAAAGUUCAAGAUGGGGACAUGAAAAAUUUGAGGGUUCGAAAAAGAAUGAGAAAAGUUUUGGCAUGCAAGGGCAUGCAGUUCAAGAAGGUUCUAAACCAGCAAGGGGUAAUGAGAAGGCCUUAGAGAAAAGUGAUGGGAGGGAAGGAAAGAGAUCUAGAAGGUACGAUGAUAAAGAUGUUGGACCAACAUCAAGAGAAGAUUAUGAUCAUAGAGAGGAAAAGAGAUCAACACGGCACAAUGACAAUGAAUUUGAGCCUAAUUCGAGAGAUGAUCGGUAUAGAAGGGAAGAAAAAAGAUCUAGAAGGCACAAUGAUAGUGACUUUGAGCCAAGGUCAGGAGAAGAUCGUUAUAGGAGGGAUGAAAAGAGGUCAAUAAGGCAUGGUGAUGAUGCAUAUGGGGCAAGGUUAAGUGAAGAUCGUUAUAGGAAGGGCGAAAAGAGAUCAAAGAGGGAUGUUGAUGACAAGUAUGAGCCAAGAUCUAAUGGAGAUCAUGACAGGAGAGAAGAAAAAAAAUUAGCAAGGAAUGAAUCAGAAUCUCAUUUAAGAGAAAAUUAUGAUAAGAGAGGUGGGGAGAAAUGGUCAGCCUAUAACAGGGAUUCUUCCUCCCGUCACCGUGGAGAAAAGGAUGAUCGUGGGCAUUAAGUCAGAUAGAUAAAAUUUUUAUAUAUGCAGAGAGGAGCUCUGUGGUUGAUGUUUACUUGUAGCAUCACUCAUAUUUAAAAACCAUGGUCUACUUAAUUUGGCCUAGCUGUAUCCUGAGCUUUGUUUGAAGUUUCUGUAUUCAUCAUAAAUAUGGGGAGUUGUUCAGGGGUAAUACACAAAUUUUUUCUUAUGAAGAUGAUCUGUCUACUGUUUAAUUGUUAAUGCAAUUCUCGAUGAUGUUUUAGAGCAGUUUUUACAUGUA